AUGACGUCAAACGGCGCCCACGCCACAAAUGGCACAAACGGCUCCAAUGGCACCCAUCAACAGCAAAAGUCCAAGUUUGACCCCAACUUCACCCAGCACGUCAUCAACCUCAUGAGCCCCGAGACGCUGCCCCGACACCGCGAGAUCCUCACCUCGCUCAUCCGCCACAUGCACGACUUUUGCCGCGAGGUCGAGCUCAAGCAGGACGAAUGGAUCAUUGGCGUCAACUACGUCAACUCGCUCGGCCAGGCCUACAAGAAGAACCGCAACGAGACCUGGCGUCUCUGCGACAUUCUCGGCAUCGAAUCCCUCGUCGACGAAAUCAACCACAAGGUCGAGGCCGCCGACGGCAAGGUGCCGACGUCGUCGUCCAUCCUCGGCCCCUUUUGGUCUCCCGAGACGCCCUUCCGCGCCCUCGGCGCCAGCGUCGUCCAGGAUAUGCCCUCCGACGGCCAGCUGACGUAUUUCCACGGCGUCGUCCGUGAUGUCGAGACCGGCCUCGGCAUCCCCAAUGCCGUCUUUGACAUGUGGCAGGCCAGCACCAACGGCAAGUACGACGCCCACGACCCGGAGAACCAGUCCCGCCACAACCUCCGCGGCAAGUUCCGCACCGGCCCCGACGGCCGCUUCUCCUUUUACUGCCUCAAGCCCACCGAGUACGCCAUUGACACGUCGGGGCCCUCGGCUGAGCUGCUCCGUAUCAUGGGCCGCCACCCCUACCGUCCUGCCCAUAUUCACAUCAUGGUUACCCACGACGACUAUAUUGGUGUCACCGCCCAGCUCUACCCGGACGAUGACCCCUACCUCGAGACGGACACGGCCUGCGCCGUCAAGGACGACUUGCUGCUGCACUUUACCCCCGUCACGAAUGAGCCCGGCGGCGCCAUCCUCGAUGUCGAGUACAACGUCAACCUACUCUCCAAAAAGUACAAGCCCGACUCGAAUAUGUUGAUGCAGAAUGCCGAUCAGGAUAAAUUUUAA